AUGAACGACAGCGUUCAUAUUUCGGAUGCGUGGUGGUUGAUGAUCUACCCCAUGAUUGUGCCUUAUCUGGAGAAACUACCCACAAAUUGGAUGCAACCAUGGCUACCGAUGUCCCAAGUCUGGAGAAUUUGGUCUGCAAGCCAUAAACCAUUCCAGCAAGCCGGAGCCGACACUUUCAUGCUUGUGACACCGAACGGCAACCUUCUGUGGACAUGCGAUCCGCGCGUCUGGGACGAAGUAUAUACGCAGCAAGGGAAGUUCCAGACUCCGACCGACAUGACGAAGUUCUUUGACGUAUAUGGACCGAACCUGGGUUCCGUGGAGGGCGAGGAGUGGAAAGCACACCGCAGGAUCAUGGCACUUGGAUUCAACCCUGCGAUCAACACGACGGUUUGGGAGGAAUCGCAGUUCCAAGCAGAUACACUCGCUUCUGUCUGGAUGCGAGAUGGGUCGGUCGUACGCUCCGUCAAGGACUGGACUUCGCGCCUCGCGCUGCAUGUCAUCGUUAGUGGGUUUUUCCAUAAGCGACUAACAUGGGAGGAAUAUGAUCAGGGCGUGAAUCUCGUACCAACAGAGCAUCAGCUUGGCUUUGAGGAAGCCUUGUUUGGUGUACUGGGUCGGCUGGCGACUAUUGCCACAGUCCCUCGGUCCUGGCUCCGGAACAUCCCUCUAAAGUUUUUCCGCGAGCCGUAUAUCGCCUUCACGGACUGGACCAAGUAUAUGGAAGAGCUUCAGGAUAAUGCGCUUUCGAGAUUGGAACAGACGAAGUCGAAGCGGAAUAGAAGUAUUCUCGAGUCGAUUGUGCUUGCUGGGACGCCUGAAAUGCUGGAACCGGGUGAUAUCGCGCUUUCACGAGAAGGUGUCUUUGGUGACAUGUUCUUCGCUUUACUCGCCGGACACGAAACCACUGGAAGCACCAUGGCGUUCAUGGUAUAUCUGAUGGUGAUCUACCCCGAAUAUCAGAAGGAGCUGCACGAGGAGCUGGACCGCCAGCUGGGUGAUCGCCCUCGACAGGAGUGGACGGUCACGGAAGACUACAGCGUGCUUCAAAGAGGCGUUCUCGGUGCCAUCCAGAAGGAGACUUUGCGCCUCUACCAUCCCGCUCAGUGGAACUUUCGGCGAGCGACGGUUGCGACGCCUGUGGGGCAGUCUCACACGAUCCCCGAGAACACGAUGAUCAUGGUCAAUUUCGCUGCCACGAACCAUGAUCCCGACAGAUGGACCCAACGAGACGUUCCACGGGCGAGGAAGGAUCAGCUCCAUGACUCACCUGCUCUGUAUUUCGACCCACAUCGAUGGCUGAAAGACGAACUCCCAGAGAAACAAGUACCGUUCUUCGGCGUCGGGCCGAGGUCAUGUCUUGGGAAAGCUUUUGCGCAGAUUGAGAUGGCGGCAUUCGUGGCGACCCUGUUCAAGGAGUAUUCUAUUGAGUUGGUCGUCCCCGAGGACACUCUACGGGCCUGUGGUGGUGAUGAGAAGCUUGCUUGGGAGAAGACUAGAGAUGAUGCUAUUCGGCAGAUGGUUGAUGAUGUCAAAGCAAAUAUCUCGAUUUACAUGGCGAAAGAUCUCCCGGUGAGAAUUGUCAAGCGCAAUUGGCGUUUGUGA